AUGUCGCACCAAGAAGUCAUCCUCAUGAGCGAUGAAGCGGUCGAGGCUCUCAUCGAUGAGGUCCGCAGUCAUGUGUCUAUCUUGUUCAAGAUCUGUGAAGCAGUCGCGAUGCUAGACAUGAUUGCGGCCUUCGCUCAUCUGGUCACAGUGAAUAACUACACUCAGCCGCAGCUCACCGAUACGCUUGCAAUCGAGGCCGGAAGACACCCGAUCAAGGAGAAAAUCAUGAAGAGCAAAUUUGUCCCCAACGAUGUCUAUGCUACACAACAGACGCGGUUCCAGAUCAUCACUGGUUGCAACAUGAGUGGCAAGAGCACUUAUAUCCGAUCCGUGGCUUUGAUGACAAUCAUGGCCCAGAUCGGCUGCUACGUUCCUGCUAACUAUGCCUCAUUUCCUAUUCUGCAUCAGCUGUUCGCUAGACUGGGCAUGGAUGACAACAUUGAAACUAAUGUUUCUACCUUUGCCGCGGAAAUGAAAGAGAUUGCCUUCAUCCUACGCAAUGUUGAUCGACGUAGCUUAGUCCUAAUCGAUGAGCUAGGUCGAGGCACCAGUACUAGAGAUGGUCUAGCCAUUGCGUUAGCUAUCGCGGAAGCCCUCGUUUCGAGUCGUGCUCUUGUUUGGUUCGCAACCCACUUCAAAGAUCUUGCGACUAUCAUGAGUGACCGCGCUGGAGUUCAGAACCUACACCUGGCAGUUGAGAUGGAAGACGCGCACAGCAUGACGAUGCUCUACAAGACCGCCCAGGGAGUCGUCCAAGAGAUCCACUAUGGCCUAACGCUUGCGCGUGUGGUUCCUUUCCCACCCGGGGUUGUGGAGCAUGCUACCUUGGUUGCACAACAGGUCGAGCGUCAUAUGCUGCGAAAGAAAAAAGCAUCCGAAACUGUGCUCAAGGAGAAGCGACGCAAGCUCGUCCUCAAUCUCAAGGAGCAUCUCGUUCAAGCACACACUGGUGUGUUAGAGGGGGAGGUUCUCACUGCAUGGCUUAAGGAAUUACAAAAGGAGUUUGUGAAUCGUAUGACUGCUCUGGAAGCUGAAUCUGCAAACGCAGGUCAAGAGAGUGAGGACGAAGAAAUGAUAGACAGGAGCGAGCUGAGUGAAGAAGAGCGACCUAGCACGUCCGCCAGUCCGUCGGUCAUAUCAAUUGACUCGCAUACUAGCUCCACGGAUUCUGAUUCUACCAUUCGGGCAAUGUCAGAAGCAUCUACUCUGAGAGCAGUCUCCAGUAACGAGCGCUAG